AUGAUUUCUGCCGUUAAACUAAGAAGGUACAAAUGGAAUUUCUUAAUUUUUUCGAUUGCGGACAGCUCUGAUCCCGAGACUUUAAGAAGGUCUGAUCCGGCUUUAAGUUAUUACAUAUAUUUUCCUUUCCCAAAACUGAAAAUCCUUUCCCAAAACUAUGUAUGUAAAAAUAUUUUUUCAGGCUCUUUAUAUCUUCAUUGUGAAGUUAAAUUUGACACUUUUACUUCAGAAGACAGUUUUGAUAUUAAUUACAGCAAUUUUUUUGAAGACGAAAUACUUACAGAUUUUUUAAUUAAAGUAGACAAGAAUGUUAUGAAAGCACAUCGUUUUAUUUUAGCAAAAAACAGUAAAGUAUUUUAUGCAAUGUUUCAGGAGAAGGAGAAGAAUAUGACUGAAGAAAUUGUAAUUUAUUUAUUGUAA